AUGAAGCAAGCACUACGUAUUUGGCUACGCGUCUGCCUGUUCUUUGGCAUUUACGUAAAGUCCACGCAAGACGACGCCGACAACAACAAUACUCCGGAAAGGAAGCGCAAAUACUUUCGAGCAGCUCCAAAUCGCAAGCAUUCAAACUGCUUGGUCGCUCGCUGUAGAUGCAUCUUUCGCCCGCAACACCUCUAUAUUUUCCUGCUAACAUUAAUGCUCUGCACGCUUUACGCGCACGGCAUCCACUGGCGUCGUAGCGUACCUACACUGCAGCUCACCUGUAUCGUCUCAGUUAUACUCUUCACUUUCCAGCUAGGCACAAAUCUGCUCAUUAUCAUGGAAGCAGUUUGUAGACACUCCCAACACACCGCUUUUCUACAGCUACUCGAGCAGAUCGAAGUUUGCUUCAAGUUAUGUCUGCGGCAGGAUGUGCAGAAGUCGGCGCUGCUGACAGACGUGUACUUCCUCACCGGCAGCUUGGUUGCGUUUUCCUUAAUCACAUUUGCACUCUUUAUGGUAACCUCAUUCUGGAUCAACUACAUUGGCUUCUUUUGGCAUGGGCUUUGGUCUAUACUCACCUUGCGUGUGCGUCUCAUACAACUCCUAAUUUACGUGCGCAUACUGCAACACUAUCUGCAGUGUCUUUGCGCCAAAUUAGAGCAAAUUGUUGCCUAUCAUUUGGCGGCACAGCGCAAAAUAUUGAAUAUCAGCUAUGAACGACUGGCUUCACUUGAAUACCUGCUGGCCAUCGGGGAGGUUCAUGACGGCAUCUACAAGGCAUUUGCGCUAUUGAACUACUUUGCUGGCUGGUCACUGUUCGGCAUUGUCAUCUGCUAUAUUUUUGACAUGACUUGCAAUAUCUAUUGGAUGCUACUCAGUUUGGAUGGAUUCCCAAAUCGGCAGAACUACUACAUUGCCGGUCCGUUGACAUUUGUGCCGCUUGUUGUAAUCAUUGGCUAUUUGUGUUAUCUGUGUGAGAAGUGCAAAGAAUUGGUAUGCGCCGUAAAACUAUGCUAUGAAAUAUUAAAAAAAAUGUUGCAUAAUUUUAGGGUGGCAACAUAG